AUGGCACCAUUUGACAGUCCCAGCAUCGUAUUGAGUGGAUUCAGAGAAAGAGCGGAAGCUCUGCAUGUGCAAGGAGACCGAUUAUAUGUUGGAACUGCCACAGGAAAUCUUCACGUUUACUCUAUUGAUGAUUCAACAAGCGAAGGCGAGGCUAUCGCAAGCCUGGUUGAAACGAAGAAGAGUCUUACAAGGAGGUCCAUAGAGCAGUUAGGAUUCAUCAAGGAUAUUAACUCUCUGAUUGUUCUAUCUGAGGGUUUGCCUACUCUGUUUCCUAUUCCUAAUUUUGCUCCACCAACACCGCUCGCUAAAGCAAAAGGAGCAUUAUCGUUCGCUGUACAUUCCUCCGUACAGGACAUUAUGCCUGAAGCCGGUCCUCAAUCAGGAGAUGGGCAAUUUGCUAAGGCAAUCCCCACGAUGGUGACGCAGGUCAUAAUAGGGUGUAGAAGGAAGGUCGUAAUAUAUACAUGGAGGGAUGGAGAAACACAAGAAGUACAGGAAGCCGUCUUACCACAUUCACCUCGGGCGAUCGUCUUCCUCGAUAAUGAUAACGUCUGUUUUGCGUAUUCCCCUACUGAAUACGCCGUGUUCUCUAUUGCGAAGCUCACUACGGUAGAAGUCACGACGCCAGUCACCGCCUCCACAUCAAUGGGAACCUUUUCGGGACUCACUGGUUAUAUGACAUUGGGUUUGGGCGCCAAAGCAAAACCUGGACUCAUUCGACUUAAUGACACUGAGGCUCUCAUAGUUAAAGAUAAUCAGGGGUUCAUCGUUGGUGCGGAAGGAAAGCAAACAAGGACGAAUACUAUCGAUUGGCCCAGUCCUCCGGAGGAAAUUGCUUUCGUUAGCCCGUAUAUAUUUUCAAUUUUACCGCCAGGUACAGUCCCGGUAUCUGUAGCAGGGAGCACCCACAUGUCAGCCUCAGCAACCCAACCUUCUACGUUUCCCUCCCACGUUGUUCAGAUUCGUUCAUCAAUCUCAAAUCUUCCUCCCCAGACCAUACCAUUUCCAUUUGGCACUGCAAUCUCCAUCUCCCCACCUGCCACAGCGACCGCCCAUUGCACAAUGAGGCUGAUGACAUCUCUGCCUUCAGCUAAAUCUCCCUUGUACGUCGUCACGACCCCUACGGAUCGUACCGUUGCCGCCACUGAAGGUACCUCUAUAUGGCGAAUUGGCAUGAAACCUUGGGGGGAUCAACUAGACGAACUUGUGCAAAGUGGAUUAUACUCUGAUGCUCUUUCACUCCUGGACUCGAUUGAUAGCGCGGUUUUGAGUGAUAAGGACGAGCGGAGGACACCAAUUCGAGCCCUACAUGCCGUCUCGCAAUUCAGCCUGGGAAAGUAUGACGAUGCCAUCAAUACUUUUCUUGAAUUGGACCUUAACCCGGCUAAAGUUGUUGCGCUUUAUCCUGAAAGCGUGUCUGGGCGGUUGUCAGUUCCUCGUGACAGUUGGAUUCCUCUUUACGGUGGACCCGCUACACAACCAGAAGAUACGACGUCUACCUCGUCGAGUGAUACAUCGAAAGAGGGAAAGGACCCUAUCAGGGAGAAAUUGGUUAGAAACGCCCUAGAAAGAUCACCGUCUCCUGUUGGAUCAGUAAGGCAAAGGACGAAAACAUCUUUUGCUGCUCUAUUACCGUCGGGUCCCAAAGAUGAUGAUGCAGCAUCUAUCAGUAGCCGGAAGGGGCGGAAACCCAAUGACGACUUUCAUCGUUCGGUUGAGACUUUACUCCGCUACCUUACAGAUCGAAGACCCAAGGUGGCGGGAGCCUUGGCUGUCGUACAUAUCACGCCUGCCCAAUCUCAUCAAAUCGCAUUUCUUUCAGAGACAUCUACUGAAGACCUUUUUGCACUACCAAACCUUCCACUGUCUUCCUUGACACCAGAGCAGCUACUGCGAUUCGCGCAGAUUAUUGAUACUGCGCUGUUCAAGUCAUACUUAUUAACACGACCAACGCUCUUAGGACCUCUUUGCCGUGUUUCAAAUUGGUGUGAAGUAUCCGAAGUGGAGGAGGAGCUUCGUGCACGAGAGAAACAUGCGGAACUCAUUUACUUAUACAACGGGAAGAAGAUGCAUUCCAAGGCCCUGAAUCUUUUACGACAGUUAAAUGAGAAUGAGCCGGAUAUAAGAGAUAGACUGCAGCCAUCAAUAUCAUACCUUCAGAAACUAGGACCAGAGCAUUUAGAACAGAUAUUUGAAUCAUCUCGCUGGGUGUUCGGGCAGGACCGUGAUAUGGCAUUCGAGAUCUUCACGUCCGAAGACGUCGAGUUGCCUAGAUCACCCGUGGCAGAUUAUCUGGAGAGGAUUGACCCGCAGUUGUGCGCUCGAUUUCUAGAAUAUUUGAUCGACGAGAAGGGCGAAGAAAGCCAAGUCUUUCACGAUCGUUUGGUAGAGCUCUAUUUGAGUAUGACGCUGACUGCUCAAAAAAGGAAGGAUAAAAAGAUACGGAGUAUAAUUUACGCUAAGCUUCUCGAAUUUAUCAAUACAACACAUCAUUUCAGUAUCGAUCGACUGUAUGGACUGUUAUCUUCAGAAGACCUCUUUGAAGCAAGGGCUAUCUUAUUGGGUCGUAUGGGAAAGCACCAGCAUGCACUAGAGCUCUAUGUUUACAAGCUACAAGAUUAUUCUAAAGCGGAAGAGUACUGUAAACGUGUCUAUCAGCCUGGUACUGAAACUAGCAACGUCUUCUUGAUACUUCUUCGAAUAUACCUGCGACCCACGGUCAAAACUUCAUCAAAUCUAUUGCAGCCCGCAUUGGAUCUUAUUAGUCGCCAUAGUCCUCGGUUGGACUCAGUGGAGACCCUGCAGCUUUUGCCUCCUCUUGUUACAACCCAAGACGUACAGACAUUCUUACUCGAAACUCUUCGUGCUCCUAUUUUUGAUACGCAUGUUGUACGCGAAAUCCACAAAGCUCGGGCUGAGAGUGUUGCUCGCAAGCUAAUGCUUUUGGAGACGAGGAGGGUUAAAGUCACAGAUAGUCGAAUAUGUCCGCAGUGUCACAAGCGGAUUGGAAAUAGCGUGAUAGCUGUCCAUGCCCCUCGUGGCGAAGUGACCCAUUAUCAAUGUCGGGAAGCUUUCGCACUCAAGUUGACCGAGUUGAGAGUGAGAUAAUGAUCUAUAUAAUAUACCCUUCUGCAUUUUACAGUCAUAUAUAUUCUUGCCAAACCAUGAUUGGUCAACGAAAUGCGAUAGAUAGUUAUGCUAUGACUAUGUAUACAAGCUACAACAUGUGUUCAAUGGGUAAUAUACACUAAAUACAUUACUACAAUAACUUUACGGAAGGUCCCGUCCAAGUUGAUAAGUUACAAGGGGGUCCGUUUUUUUAUAUCGCGGAGAACCUCCCUCACGACACGGAGCCAGGUACUGGCCCUAUCGAUCUCGUCGAAUGCACCUCCCACCCGUGCAUCUAUUUUGCGCAACAACAAUCUCCGCAGCGCCCGGAUAUCUUCGGUUUCUUCGCUAUCCAGAGUUGAAGCAAGCGACACGUUAGAAGAUCGGGCUGACGACGAUGCUGAUGAAGUGGUACUACGAGCGGGUGACGAAGAAGACGAAGAAGGCCCGUAGUGGCCAGGCAGGCCAGCAAACUCGGAGUCGAACGUGACAGAGGUAAAGGCAAAAAUGUCUCCAUAGUUUUCAGAAGG